UCGAAGAAGAGAGAAAGCAGGCGAAGAAGCAGCAGCAGCAGCAGCAGUGUUUUUGUUCCGGCGUCCCGCGUCUUCUCCACAGCUUUCAGCCGCCAGAGUCUCCAGCUCCGCCUCCGGCCUCGGUUACUUGUUCCCACGGUGUUCUCGGUCCCGGACCCGGUGAUGGCGGCGGCGGGCAGUGCGGCGGCUCCGCUCGUCGGCGACGUAGAAGAAGACGCGUCCCAGCUCCUGUUCCCGAAAGAGUUCGAGAGCUCGGAGACGCUGCUCAACUCGGAGGUGCACAUGCUGCUGGAGCACAGGAAGCAGCAGAACGAGAGCGCGGAGGACGAGCAGGAGCUGUCCGAGGUCUUCAUGAAGACGCUCAACUACACGGCCCGCUUCAGCCGCUUCAAGAACCGCGAGACCAUCACGGCCGUGCGCAGCCUGCUGCUGCAGAAGAAGCUCCACAAGUUCGAGCUGGCCAGUUUGGCCAACUUGUGUCCGGAAGCCGCCGAGGAGGCCAAAGCGCUGAUCCCCAGUCUGGAGGGUCGCUUCGAGGACGAGGAGCUUCAGCAGAUCCUGGACGACAUCCAGACCAAAAGGAGCUUCCAGUACUGAGGCCGGAGCCCCGCCCACCUCCCAUCUGUCCUGUGUAAUAAAAGCCCGCCUUCUGAUGACCUCA